AUGAUCCUGCAAGCAUUUCUUAUAGCGGCCGCCGUCUAUCUGCUGAUCACUCAUAUGAUCCAGCGGAAGAAGCUGCAGACAAUGAACAAACACUUUCCUGGCCCGAAACCACUUCCGGUGGUUGGUAAUUUGCUCGAGUUUGCCACAUUGGACAUUCCCGGUGUGUUUGAACGCGUGGUCGCACUACACGAGAAGCAUGGACAGGAUUACAUGAUGUGGUCACUUUUCAACUGGACCAUCUUAAUGAUGACCAGCCGGAAGAAUGUGGAGAAGGUACUGCUGGCGAAGCAGACGGAGAAAGCGCUGCUGUAUCAGUUCAUCGAACCGUGGCUCGGUACGGGGCUGCUGAUUGCGAGCGGUGAGAAGUGGUUCCAGCGCCGCAAGAUCAUCACACCGACGUUUCACUUCAAGAUUUUGGAGCAGUUUGUGCGCGUGUUCAACAAGGAAACGGACACGAUGGUGAAGUUGCUGCGCAAGCAUGUCGGUGGGAAAGAGUUUGACAUUUACGACUACGUCACGCUGAUGGCACUGGACAGCAUCUGUGAAACGUCCAUGGGUACGUCGGUGGACGCCCAGCACAACCCGGACAAUCAAUACGUGCAGAAUGUAAAGCGGAUGGCGGUUCUGGUGCUACUGCGUACGAUCAGUAUCGUCGGACCGUACCCGAUGCUGUACGACCUGUUUCACCCGAACGCCUGGGAACAGCGCAAAGUCGUCAAGCAGUUGCAUGACUUCACCGACAACGUGAUUCGUAGUCGGCGCCAACAGCUGGCCAAGGAGAAGUCGGAAAAUGUCGCAUUUGAUUUGAACGAGGAAAAUUUGUACUCCAAGCGCAAGCUUACCUUCCUGGAUCUGCUGCUGAACGUGACGGUCGAGGGUAAACCACUGAGCAAUCUGGACAUCCGCGAGGAGGUGGAUACAUUCAUGUUCGAGGGCCACGACACAACAACCAGCGGUAUCUCGUUCACCAUCUGCGAACUGGCCCGCAACCAGGACGUACAGGAACGGGUGUACGAAGAGAUAGUGGCGGUGUUGGGCAAGGACCAUAAAACGGCUGAGCUUACCUAUCAGAACCUGCAGGAAUUCAAGUACCUCGAUCUGGUGGUGAAGGAAGGUUUGCGCAUGUAUCCACCGGUGGGGAUAAUUGGCCGUGCGCUAGUAGAAGAUUUGGAGCUGAAUGGCACGAUCGUACCGGCGGGACAAAACGUCCUGGUGCCGAUCUACGUGAUCCAUCGCAAUCCGGAGAUCUACCCAAACCCGAACCAGUUCGAUCCGUCCCGAUUUUCGGAGGAUGCCGAAUCGAAACGUGGCCCAUUUGACUAUCUGCCGUUCAGCAUUGGGGCCCGGAACUGUAUCGGCCAGCGGUACGCAGUGAUGGAGAUGAAGGUUUCGCUCAUCAAGCUAAUUGCAAACUACCGCGUCCUGCCGGGCGAAUCACUUCCGAAGCUGCGCGUAAAGACUGAUCUGGUGCUGCGCCCUGAUAUUGGCAUUCAGGUGAAACUUGAACUCCGACAGUAA